AUGGAGAGGCAGGUGGCCCAGUUUCUCCAAACACAUACAGAACUCAUUGCCACCAUCCAAGCUUUCCAGGAGUAUAAGGAGCUCACCAAGUAAGGAGACGCUCUAGAUACGUGCAUGCUGUCAUGAUCUUCAGUAUGAGCCCCUCGAGUUCAUGGAGAAAAUACAAAUUAUUGCAUGAUAAUUAAAUUUUCUCUUGAAGUUUAUUGGAGCUAUGCCUUUGUUAUAGGUCCAAAUUGUGCUUCAGAGGUUUAAGGAUUGUUACUUACGUUCCAGGAAACAUAUGUCAGAGUUGGAAUCAGAAAAGAGGUACCUGGAUAAGUUCCAACAAGCAUCUGGAGAACAUUCUGAAGGCCGCAAAGGCUCACAAGAAACAGGAGGUUUCUUAGCUGAACAAGAUCCAUGAUGAAACUAUCAAGGUGAGGGAAGUUGCAUUAUUUAGCGGCUCACCGAUGGCUCAAUGCCUGAACCAGUGUAGAGGGUAACAGGUUGGGGUACCUCUGGGUCCAUGAGUUUGCUCAACCUUGGUAUAAUUCUAAGAAGAUGGCCUAUUAAUGACUGUUUUGUCCCCCAGAUUCUCACCACCCCCACCAAGCCCUACAACUUGCGGACCCGUCUGUUGCCUCUCUCCAGCCCCAACUACCUGAAUGGGAACAGGAGAGGAGACGAGGACGUGAACGACAUCCAGACUGAGCAGCGUCCACCAGAGAUGACUGAGAUGGCCUGUGAGGCUCUGACUGAGGAGCUGCAACAGGUGCAGGUACAGCACCCAGGCUUUAUCACUUAUAAAACAGAUGUCUAACGUAACGUUAUACUUCUCAUUCUCUUGGUGGAAUCUAUUCAUCUAUUAUUUCCCUUCUGCUUGGUAGGAGCAAGCCAGUCAGGUGCAGACUCAGCUGGACCAGCAGGAGCUGAAGAGCAGGAAGCUGUUGCAGCAGUUUGCCAAGCUGGAAGAGCAGGUGACUAGGAUGUUGGAGGAGUCCAGUUUACAGUUAAUGACUAUAUGAAGCUACAGUAAUUAACUGUAUUUCUGUGUUUGUAUGUGCAGCUGCUCUAUACUGAGCGACGUGGCUGGAACAGCUGAGCCUGCAGGAGACCAUCAGAAACUUUGAGCAGUCCCUACAGGCAGAGAGAAGGACCAGGAACGGUAAGACAACCAAUCACACACUUCACUAAUUUUACCCAGAGUUCUCUAGCGAUAGCAGUCUGAGGCUGUAUGCAUCCAUUAUGGGCAGAACUGGAAAAUCAGUUGUGUUAACCAUGUGAUAAUUUACCAGUACUUGAAUCAAAGAGGACAGGAGGAUUUGUCUUUUUUCUGGGAUUCUAUAGGUAUUCUAUGGUUAUCGAAACAAAUCAAUUUUCUCUCUUGUAAUUCUAAAGAGUGAGUUGCAUGACCUGCGCCUGUUGCUGCAGUCCUCUGAUAGGGAAAUGGCUGCUGUGAAGAAGGAGCUGUGUGAGGGCCAGAGUGAGCAGCAGAAGGAGACAUCACACCUCUCCAGCAGCCUGAUCAGCACUCUGCCACAGCUCCAAGAAGUCCAGUAUGCAUGCAUGGCUACAGCUGUCUUGUUGUUUUUGAAUCAAGGAUGUUUGUGUGUGUGUGUCUGUCAGAUUUAAACUCUAUUUGAUAGACAACAAUGGGAACUCAAUGUCACCAUUGUACUUUCACCAUAGUAGUUUGCAGACUCUCCAUCUACCCCCAUCUCUCACUUUCCUUUAGGCAGGAGUGGGAGCAGCUCCUAGCGCAGCAGCGGUCCCUGCAGGAUGCCUUUGACCAGCUCCAGGCCAAGGCCAAGUUUGAGGCAGACCAGUCCAGGCAGCAGCUAGAAGACAAGCAGCAGGACGUCACAGCUCAGCAGGCCCAAAUCACUGUCAGUCAGCUCCUAUUUAAACCAACCAAGCCCUGCUUCUCUGUUAAGGACAUUCAGAGCCUGCCUGUCUCAUUUGUAUGAAAUUACAGUUUAACCUCUAUGGAGGAUUGAGUGUGAUUACUUUUUCUUGAUGAAUAUGUUGGUUGAAUUGACGAAAGCUCUUCAGUCUGAAAGAACACACGAGAAAUCUGACCUCCCAGUUGAGAGAGGAUGAAGAGAGCACUUUAGAGUGAGUUGUAUAAAGGCUUAUUUUCUAUUUGUGGACGAUCAGACCUUUAUGAUGUGUAUUUUAAAUGUUUUGUUGACAUACAGCAUUAGAUUUGUUUAUCCCCUGAGUGCUUGUUCAGAAUAUGGAGCAGAAUGUAUUGCUAAGGAAGCAAGUGUCUGACCUGACUACACAAAACCAAAAACAGGUAUUUUAUUCAUUCAUUGUUAGUGUUUAGUGUGUACAUAGUUGUUAAUGUAGUGUUGUGUUUUAGUCAGAUUUAUAUUUCUUAGAAAUUGUUAUCACCAGUAUGUUUUAGUUUAGUUGAAUACAGUUGAACACUAUUUGACAUAAUUGGGUCUUAAUCUCCAAUCAACUGUAAUUGACCCGGUCUCCGUUUGUAUUUACUUUGAAAGACUUCUAAUAUGGCAAGCCUUGAACCAAAUCUGACAACUGCCAAUGGGACUAUAUCCAGCCUUGAGCAAAAGAUUGAACAAGACAAAGUAAGUCUGCUCACUUAAAUGACCUGCCAUUAAUUACUAUUAUUUGGGGUUAUAAUUCAGUUAGUAUGUAUUUGAUACAUCUUAUCGCAGAAGUCUCAUCUCUUGUUUUGUGGUGUUUGACAGGAGUUUGUCCUGGAGCUGAUCAACCAGACCAGGGACCUCUGCAGUAAGCUGGACCAGAAGGACCAGGGCCUCGCCAUGCUGUCUGGAGAUGUCAAGGACCUCACGGUAUUGACUCAAGUCAUUUGUGUACCUCUUAAUUAAUUAUAAUGUUUAACUUGUAUACUUCAAAAUGUUUACUGUAGUUUACCUAUAUAUUUAUUUUUUACCUGGUUUGUUCCUUCAGGAUAUGUACAAUGCUGCUUGCUCCGAGAGAGAGGAGAUCAAGGAACACAACUCCAGGAUGCAAGCAGAGCUCCAGGACCUGAGAGAAGCAGCAGAAAGGAAGGUAGCUUCUAAUCAGAGAGUUAAGACUUGGAGUUUAUUUUAAACAUAACGACUAGCGGCAUCUUGAGCUUCGAUGCAAUGACACAUGCCUGAAUUCCACCAUUAUGACAAUGUCUGGAUGGAUGUUUUGUCCUCAGGUGGAGGUGUUACAGGAGGAGUUGGUCUAUGCCACUGAGGAGGUGGAGCGACUCACCAAGGUGUUAGAUGAGCAGGCAGGUCUUCUCCAAGCUUCACAGGAUCAGACUGCCCGGAAGGAGGCUACCAUCCAAACUCUCCAGGGGAAGGUACCAGCCCAUUAUUUAUAUACACAUACAAAGAGCCACUGAAAACAAAUCAAGGGCUACAGUAGCAUGGAAAAUGUUACAUUUGAGAUCAAACAAAAUAGAUUGUACAAUUAUCUCUACUUUACUCAUGUGAUUUCCCUACCUGCUUUUCACUAGUUAAAAAACCUGCAAGAGGCGAUUGAGAGGACUGUCAGAGGUGAGAGUGCCAAUCAUGUUCCACAGUCAUCCGUCAUCCCUAAAGUGCUGCCACAGGUAACGGAUGCUUGUAUCUGAUGGUUUUCCCUCCUGUAUGCAUUACCAGGGAACUCUGUCUGAUCAAGAGGGUUUAAUAACUUAUCUGCUUGAUUUUUCUGUCAGACACCUCACACCCCCUGAAGCUUCAACCCUGACCUGACCCUGGUGGAGAGCCAGGAGAAGGAGCUGGAGAGCCGACGCUCCUCCAUGAUUACUAUGGAGGUGCUCCUCACUGAGCUUAACUAUGAAAGGGCCGCCAAGAACGAGGAGAUCCAGAGGCUCAAGGUGUGGUUUGUUUGUUUUACUGCAUGUCAUGAUGAGUGCUAAACAUCCAAUCUUGAGACACUGAUUUAACACAUUGAUGUAACACAUAUGGUGUUUAACUAGUCUGUGUUGAUUUCCCACAGGGUCAGCUGAAUGAGAAGGAAAUAGUGUGA